AUGUUUCGCGGCAUUAUGGUAUCAGAUUCUGAUACUAAAUUCCAACGAAUCGUUUGGCGGGAGGAUGCGGGUUCACCAGUGGAGCAUUACCGACUACUCACGGUAACCUACGGCCUUGCUGCGUCGCCUUUUCUUGCUGCACGUGUUCUCAAGCAACUGGCAGAAGACCAUAAGUGGAGCCCUGACACGGACGAGUUCCAGAUAGCAACUAAAUUGCCUGAGUCAUGCAGCGAGCCAACGAAGCGCAGUAUGUUAUCGACAACAGCCAAAAUCUUUGAUCCUCUUGGUCUGGUUUCACCGAGUGUCGUGCUCUUUAAAAUACUUUUACAAGAAACUUGGUGUCAAGGUGUCGACUGGGAUACUAAGCUGCCACCCACUUUGAGUGAUCACUGGAAGAAAAUACUAUCCAAUGUCAGGAUUCCACGUCAAAUAGCUCCAGCCGGCGUCUCCAUCGAAAUCCACGGCUUUGCAGAUGCCUCAUCGUCGGCAUACGCAGCUGCAGUUUAUAGUAGAUCCAAGCUAAGUGACGAUUCCUUCGUUGUAAAUUUAAUUGCCGCAAAAACCAGGGUCGCCCCGUUAAAGCGCCUGUCAAUUCCGCGCUUGGAAUUAAGCGCCGCUCAUUUGCUACCCAAAUUGGUAACAUCUAUUACUACCUCUCUCACCUUGAAAAUUGCGAAUAUGUAUUGUUGGAGCGAUUCUGAAAUCGUGCUGCACUGGCUUUCAUCGCCCCCUCGUAGAUGGACGUUGUUCGUGUGUAACCGUACUGCAGACAUACUCGAUGUUUGCCCUCACCAGCAUUGGCACCAUGUGCGAUCAGCUGAUAAUCCCGCUGACUGUGCGUCCCGUGGUGUGCUUCCAACUGAAUUAGCUCGUCACUCGCUUUGGUGGCAUGGGCCAUCAUGGUUAUCUUCGCCUCGAAGCCAAUGGCCAACUUUCGGCAACACCACCCCAUCGAAUGACUCACAUGUCAUUAUCGAACAACGCAAACCUCCUUCAGACAUAGUUCUUUGUGCGCAAGAUGACCAACCCGCUUUGGAUAAACUUAUAACAAAAUCUUCGACAUGGAUACGUUUGCUACGUGUUGUGGCAUACUGUCAGCGCUUUAUUCGAAGGUGUCGCCGAAGUGAAGCAGAACCAAAUCCUCUUACAAACGCUCUGAGCGCCCGCGACCUCAAACUGGCCACAAAUGCUAUUGUUCGCUACUGUCAAGUGAACACAUUCAGGGAAGAAGUAUGCCAGCUCAAAAUGGGACAGCCGUUGAAGGCGAAGUCUAGAUUACUUCGUUUCACUCCAUUUUUGGAUGAGGUCGGUGUUCUUCGCGUUGGAGGGCGUAUCAAGAAUGCUUUCUUGCCAGACUCAGUACAUCCAUGCUAA